GCGUUUAUUAAGCAGAACGUGUUGACGUUUACUCCAACCUGCUGUUGUCCAAGCUCAGGGGCUCAGCUGUGAUGUCCGUGAGGAGAACCUGAACGACUUCACUCACUUUGUUCUCCUCCACUUUUAUUCCACUUUGCGUCUGCAUUUGGAGCAGGUCUUUGGCAAAGGGAGGAUGUUUGUGUGUAUUCAGCACACACCUGGAACAAAGAAACUCUGACCUUUUUUUAAAUUUUGCAUUAAUUUCUUUUUCAUUGUUUUCCCCUCAUAUCCGUCUUAGUUUCUGCCGCUCUCAGCUACAGCCAACACCUGAGCCGUUUCCUCUUAGUUCUGACGACUCUCAUUGGAUUAUGCGCUUUUUGCGCAGUGGCCGGACUUGAUUGUGCCUUCUGUCCUCACCUCUGACCCCUGGUGGACCCACCUGUGACCUGGGCCUCCGACAGGUGAAAGCUCACUGCUGCCGCGGUGACUAGUUAAUGUGGCGCUGUCGGUUCAUCAGCUGAGAGUGUUUCUUUUUUUUAUUGUUCAUCGAAGGCUUUGGCGAAGUGCUGACGGUGCACAAGGCUUUUAUUAUUUCUUAUCAGAUAAGAAAACCACGUUGAACUGAACCGUGGUUUUACGCACAAAGGUGACACCGGUGCGCGGCGAGCGCACGCACAGAAGAGCCUCUGUGAGGACGACGAGAGCAUUUUCGAAUUUUAAAUUAAAAAAAGACACUUAAAAAACACCAAUUUCAUCACCAACAUGACGGACGGUCCGAGGCAGCGCAGCAGCACUGGAUCCUCCAAGGAUGCUCAGGGAGAGAAGGAGUCCGGAGGAGGAGGAGUCGCCCUGAAGAAGGAGAUCGGACUGGUGAGCGCCUGUGGUAUUAUAGUCGGUAACAUCAUCGGCUCUGGUAUCUUCGUCAGUCCUAAGGGUGUGAUGGAGAACGCCAGCUCUGUGGGCGUGGCUCUUAUUGUCUGGAUCAUCACUGGCGUCAUCACUGCCAUCGGGGCAUUGUGCUACGCCGAGCUGGGAGUCACCAUUCCAAAGUCUGGAGGAGACUACUCCUACGUGAAGGACAUCUUUGGAGGCCUGGCAGGGUUCCUGCGUCUGUGGAUCGCCGUGCUGGUCAUCUAUCCCACCAACCAGGCAGUGAUUGCACUGACCUUCUCCAACUACGUCCUGCAGCCUCUGUUUCCCACCUGCUUCCCCCCCGAGAACGGCCUGCGUCUGCUGGCAGCCGUCUGUCUGCUGCUGUUAACUUGGGUCAACUGCUCCAGCGUCAGAUGGGCCACCAGGGUUCAGGACAUGUUCACCGCCGGCAAACUGCUGGCCCUCGGCCUCAUCAUCAUCAUGGGCAUCGUGCAGAUCUGCAAAGGAGAAUACUACUGGUUGGAGCCAGCCAAUGCCUUCGAGCCUUUCCAGGACUACGACGUGGGUUUGAUUGCUUUAGCUUUUCUACAAGGUUCCUUCGCCUAUGGAGGUUGGAACUUCCUCAACUACGUGACAGAGGAGUUGGUGGACCCUUAUGUGAAUCUGCCCCGUGCCAUUUUUAUCUCCAUCCCUCUUGUCACCUUCGUCUACGUCUUUGCCAACAUCGCCUACGUCACAGCCAUGAGUCCUCAGGAGCUGCUGGCUUCAAAUGCUGUAGCUGUGACAUUUGGUGAGAAGCUGCUGGGAGUCAUGGCGUGGAUCAUGCCCAUUUCUGUGGCCCUCUCCACCUUUGGAGGAGUCAACGGUUCCCUCUUUACCUCCUCAAGACUGUUCUUUGCUGGAGCCAGAGAAGGUCACCUGCCCAGCCUUCUGGCCAUGAUUCAUGUCAAACGUUGCACUCCCAUCCCAGCUCUGCUCUUCACUUGUCUCUCCACGCUGCUCAUGCUCUGCACCAGUGACAUGUACACUCUCAUCAACUACGUCGGGUUUAUCAACUACCUCUUCUAUGGCGUCACUGUCGCCGGGCAGAUCGUGUUGCGAUUCAAACAGCCCGACAUGCAUCGACCAAUCAAAAUCAGUCUCAUUUGGCCAAUUAUUUACCUCCUCUUCUGGGCCUUCCUCCUCAUCUUCUCUCUGUACUCUGAGCCCGUGGUGUGUGGUAUUGGCCUGGCCAUCAUGCUGACUGGGGUCCCUGUUUAUUUCCUGGGAGUUUACUGGGACAACAAACCCCAGUGCUUUAACGCCUUUGUUGACAAAAUGACAUAUUUGGGCCAGAAGUUCUGUGUGGUUGUUUAUCCGGCUGUAGGCGGCAGUAGUAGCGACAGCAGCAACGGAAAUGGAAGCAGGGAAGAAGGCGAGGAAAUGAAGGAGGUGAUGUCUCCUCUGUCUCAGACAGAAGAAGACACCCACAAGUCAGCAGAGUGUUAAAAGUUAAAGGUUUUCAACGUGCUAUCAUCCUAAGUGUUGGUGUUCACACAGGAGCAUGCUAACAGGCUACAUGCCAACGUGACAGAAGAAGACACAGUGUGCCUCUCAACAAUCACACCUCGCCAACAGAAUACUUCAUUUGACUUAGGUUUUGUAUUACCAAAUGUGUUUUUACCAAAUAUAGUCAGAAAUGGUGAAAACUCAAAAUGUGUGCACAAAAAGAAAAGGUUAGCAUCUGUAAUUAGCCUAGCUUGUACUUAAUGUAACCCACAUGCUAAUGACACACUCAGUUCUUGUCUUAUGUUCACCAUCGCUAACACGCUAAAGGCUCACUUCUACUGUAAAAGACACAUUUUAAUAGUUUCUUCUGUCUUUUAUUAUUAAAAAACGUAGCUUUCCAUCAUAAUUAUGGAUAUACUUUACAUUUCUCUAAAAGAUUAUUUUAUUUCUUUACCAAAGCUACAUUUACAUUUUCAAAACUCAGAUCAAAUCAUUUCAUUUUCUACAUUUGUAAUUUUAUUUUUUAAGAUGACUGUGAUUCCCGUAUGUUUUUUUUUCUUUUCUUUUUUUUUUUUUUUGGUAGUUGUGAUCAUUGUUUUAUGAUUUCUUUUGUCACGAUUUUAGUUUAAAUAUGCUAAUUGUAUUUUAUAUAUUUUUUGUUGAACAUUAUAUAGAUAUGGGCCUAUUCUAAGUCUUAAACCUGCAGCGGUAUCAACCAGAAGUUGAUGUGUGGUGUGUGUAUGAUGCUGUUCUGCCUUAAUUUAGGUAAAUUCUGAAUGUGGUGCCAUUACAAUUAUUGUACACUAACAUGUAGAAACAUAAUUAUUGUUAUUUUAUAAAAAAACAAAACAAAACAAAAAACAACAUAGAUUCUGAAGUUUUAUCUGAGGUAAAAUAAACCAAUAAUUAGGAUCCAAGGACCAAAACAUUUAGUGUCUGGUUUUGUUGGACAUGACAUUACAGAAUGAACAAAAUUUGGCUUUACGUGUAUGAGGUUAAAACAAGAAAAAC